AUGAGUCUCGAAAACCUGGCGACAGAGCUUGUUGAGUUCAUCGCGGGAUAUCUCCUUGCGGAUGAGCACCUUAAUGCUUUAUGCCAAACCAAUCGGCGAUUCUACUACAUGCUCAAUCAGCGCUUGUAUCAUCAAGAUGCUCACAGUUCCUGUAGAGCACUGUCCUGGGGUGCUUGGAAGGGACUCUUUCCCUGUGUCAGGAGAUCACUGGACGGCGGUGCUGAUGUGAACGCUGUCAACAACUACGUCGUUAAGAACUAUGCAGAUGAAACUCCAAUUUUCAUGGCUGUUAGGAACCAGGACUUCGAUACGGUGCUUCUAUUGCUGGUCAGAGGCGCCGAUGUCAACCGCAGGAACAAAACAGGCGACAAUCUGGUAUAUUUCGCAGUGUCGACUGGCAACAUCGACAUGGUGAGGCUCAUACUCGCGCAAGGCGUCGAUCCAACUUGUCACGAGAAUGGCGAUGUGCCUCCGCUGCUUUUGGCUGCCCGAAGAGGCUAUGUCGAGAUUGCAGAGACCCUUCUAGACCAAGGAGUCAAAAUUGAUGAUGGGGACAGCUGGGGAGAGACACCCCUCCAAGUGGUCAUGACUAGCGGUCAACACAAGAUCCUCAAGCUCUUCCUCGACAGAAACUUUAUUCGCGACGAUCCGACGGGUGAUAUAGGGGCUGAUGCACUCGAGGUCGCGAUAGUACGACAUGAUUUUCGUGCGCUGAAGCUACUUCUUGAGGGUGGUGCAAACCCUCUCACGCGAAGGUGGACAGGCUACAAUGCGAUCAUAUCAGCGACACUAUCUCGAGAGGAGGAUAUGGCAAUCUUUAUGACAGAACCGUUGAAUGAUCUAUCCGAGAUCAAAGAUAGGGUUGGAAAGGGGUUGCUCUGGUAUGCCGCGAAAGGGCGGUGCGAACGGUACACAAAGUAUCUUUUGGAGAGGGGUGUUGAUCCGAACACUGAUACAUGGCAGCCACUGACGGGUGCAAUUUUUGGUGGUUCAGCUGUGGUAACUGAGAUGCUCCUUGAUCGCGGUGCCGAUGUUGAGUUCACGGAUGAGAUUGGAAGAUCGCCAUUGAAAGUGGCUUUGGAAGAGGGGGUGGAAAGUGAAAAACAGGAAGUUGUUAGACUUUUGCUGAGCAAGGGUGCUUCGUUGGAAAAGGCCGAGUUGAACGACGAGCGGAAGUUGUUGGUGCAGAGUUUCUUAACUUGUGAAUCAUAA